AUGCCUGAAGAUAACUACGGCAAUUCGUACUCGUACUCGGGCUCUGGCGUCAACAGCCAGGCUAACCACUACUGCUCGCGCGACUAUGGCUCCUCGGCAUCGAACUCCAACUCGUACCAUUACUCUAACCAGAAUGGUUCCUACUAUUACUCGAACCCCGAUGGCAGCACCUAUUACAACAACGGCCAGGGUAGUGCCACAUACACGCCUUCCUCUUCCUCGGGUGGUUCCUCUCAGAACUCCGGCAGCUCCGGAAAGUAA